AUGAUGGAAAUGCUGAAUGAUGAGAACACCUACGAAAAACUACGUAGGGAUCCGUCGAACAAAGUCCUGAAGAACAUCAACACAGUGGCAGACGGAUGGUUGGAAAGGAAGUACAUCGGUAAGAGCGAACACAGGAAAAUCAAAAUGUCGAGUAGUAACCCACCCAGGAUCUACGGACUUCCGAAGGUGCACAAAGAAGGAAGACCACUAAGGCCGGUGGUUUCGACGGUUGGGUCAGCAACCUAUAAUAUGGCUCAAUUCUUGUCGAACAUCCUAGGGAACAUCGUGGGGAAAACUGAAUACCAUGUUAUUAACAGUUUUGAAUUUGCGGAAGAGGUAACAGGCAUGCAGGUUCCAGAGGAACACGUCCUGUUUUCACUGGACGUUAAGUCGCUGUACACGAAUGUUCCUGUUGCGUACGCCUUGGAGUGUAUAGAGGCAAGGUGGGACGAGGUAGCGAAAUACACAAGGAUAGACAAGCGUGGUUUCCUAGCGGCGGUUGAAUUAACUUUGAAUUCGACUUUCUUCGUCUAUCGGGGUGUGAGCUACUCACAAACUUUCGGAGUGCCGAUGGGAUCACCGUUGUCACCGGUGAUAGCCAACAUCGUAAUGGAGAGGUUAGAGCAGGAAAGCAUACGUAAGUUGGAGGGACAUCGAAUCAGUAUGGUGGUGUACAGACGGUAUGUUGACGACUGUUUCUGUAUCGCACGUAAGGAGCACGUGGACAAAAUUCUCGAGGUGUUCAACGGUUUCCAUGACAGAUUACAGUUCACGGUGGAAUAUGAGGAGGAUGGACGUCUUAAGUUUUUGGACAUGAUGCUGUUCCAAAACAACGGACGUGUGGAGAAAACUUGGCUGCCAAAACAAGAAAACGGGCGUUAUUUGGAUUACAACUCCGAGAGUCCUUUCACGCACAAACGCAACACAGCGAUCGCUCUGGCGGAUAGAGCGAUCAAACUCACGGAUGCGGAAAACCGCCCACAAGCAAUAGACAUGGUUAAAAGGAUAUUAAAAUGCAAUAAUUAUCCGGAAUGGUUCAUUGUAAAUGUCCUAAAGCAAAGAGUGCAUAAGCAUUACAAUAGUCUGGAAGAUGGGAGAGAGGUGGAUGAAACAAAGUAUGUUUCCACACCUUACAUCCCACACUUAAGUGAGAAACUUAAUAAAAUUCUCAAGAAUAAUGGGUUAACUUUGGCAGUUAAGGCAAAAAACAAAAUAAAGGACGAGAUUUUCACCAAAUUAAAAGACCCCAUUCCACCAGGGUCGCAGAAAAAUGUGGUGUACUCCGUACCGUGUGGAACCAAUGACGGUAAGGUGUAUAUCGGACAAACAGGCAGAAAACUGGACACACGAAUAAACGAGCACAAGAAUGACGUCAGAAGAAACGACAACAGAACAGGAUUAACGCAACACACACUAUGUGACGGACACAUUUUCAACUUUGACGAAACUAAAAUAGUAGAACGAAUUGCUGACCAGGAAAGCAGGAUUGCAGCGGAGACAUUCCACAUCAAGCUGGCAGGCGAAAACAACACAGUCAACCUCCAACGUGAAUGUGGAACGUUCAACGCAAACUACAAUGCGUUAGUGGUUAAGCUGAGACAGAUGACGAACGAUGAGCGACGACGACGAGAAAACGAAAACCAACGACGAAUAUCACAACCACGACGUACCCCACCAGAUAGUGGUACGUGA